AUGGCAGGCAGUAGCCCAAAAAGCCCAUCUGCCGCAUCGCCUCGGUCGCCUCAAUCGCCUCAAUCGCCAGAGGCUGACCAAUCACCAGAGCAGGAAGUAGGCGAGGAGGAUCCCACUCUGGGAUCCGACGCUGAGAGCUCUACCGCUUCCCUGAGCUCGAGCAUUCUUAAUUACCGCACCAUCAACGGCAGAACGUACCACAGCGAGAAAGGAAACGCUGCAUACUGGGGCGCCAAUGAUGAACGUCAAAAUGGAGCACUUCACUUGGCUCCUUUGAAGGAUGAUAUAAAGCUCUUGAUAUUAGAACUAGAACCGGCAAGUUGCGAAGUUAUCGGCACCGAUAUCUCCCCUAUUCAGCCAGGCUGGGUCCCGCCUAACUGCAAAUUAAUCGAGAGUUUCGAAGUCUCGCCAACUAUGGUGAGCGACGAUAAUACCGUUGCGCCGGAUUCUGCCCUGGCCCAGUGGGAUAAAAUUUUUAUCGAAGCUUCAAAGAAGAUGGGAAAUAGCUUUACUGUGGAGGCUAGAUUUGCCAACAUCAAGGAGUGGAAUGGCAAAUGUCCCAUGAGCCCUUGGCCCAAAGACCCCAAGCUGAAAGAAAUAGGCCGCUUCGGCCAAGUCUAUGGCACCCAAGACCCUGAAGGCUUUAUAAACUUUGUCGCCACCUUUCUGGGGUGGACGCCCGAGGAGAUCCAAGUCUACCUUGCUCGUCUCAGAGGCGAGCUGCGAAACCUAAAAAUCCACCCGUAUGCCUUUCUUAAGACGGUUUGGGCGCAGAAGCCGUUAGACGCUGAGCCGUACACGACCGAGCCGGCCUAG